UAGAGCAUCUGAUUAGUUGGUGUGUCCCUCUCGCUCUUAAUAAAAGUGAUCCCUUUAGUAUAAACGCUAUACAGACGCUGGAUAUUGUCAUGGAGGACAUCGAAAAGAAAACCCCAUCAGUCAUUGAUCGGUAUUUCACUCGCUGGUAUAAAACAGAUCUAAAGGGAAAGUCAUGUGAGGAUCACUGCAUCCUACAGCAUUCCAACAGGAUCUGCGUCAUCACACUUGCAGAGUCUCACCCCAUCCUUCAGAAUGGACGAAAAAUCAAAAACAUUAACUACCAGAUCAGUGAUGGAUGCAGCAGACUUAAAAACAAAGUGUCUGGAAAGUCAAAAAGAGGUGGUCAGUUCCUGACAGAGUUUGCCCCACUGUGUAGAAUAACAUGUACAGAUGAAGAGGAAUACACCAUAUUCAGCUGUAUCCGAGGACGUCUCUUAGAAGUAAAUGAAGCCAUUCUCAACAGACCAGAUCUGUUAUUGGAAAAGCCUUCUACAGAGGGUUACAUUGCUGUUAUAUUACCUAAAUUUGAGGAGAGUAAGAGCAUCACAGAAGGCCUUCUGAACGGAGAACAAUAUCAGGAGGUUCUCUCUAAAAGAACAAACCAACAACAAGAGCCUUGCUGACUACAGUUUG